AUGGCUGACACAAUGAAGAGAUUUGGGAAGGGAAUAGUACCUUGGUUUAACAGGAAGUUAGAUCCUCUCGUCCAAAUUCUCAGCAGGGGAGCAGAGCCUAAGCAACUGGCACUUUCAGGGGCACUCGGAAUUACAUUUGGAAUCUUUCCCAUCUGUGGGGUAACUGUCUUUCUUUGUGGAAUGGCUAUUGCCGUACUUAGAUCCUCAUGCCAUGCUCCUACGGUGAUGUUGGCCAAUUUUAUUGCAACCCCAAUCGAGCUUAGUUUGAUCAUUUUGUUCUUGCGCUUUGGCGAACUCAUUACUGGUGGACCCCAUUUCCCUCUAACUUCUGAUGCAUUAAAGAAGGUUUUGACUGGACAAGCUUCAAGAGAAAUAGUGCGGAGCAUCUUCAAUGCGUUGUUAGGAUGGCUUGUCGCAGCACCAUUUAUCUUUGGGAUCCUCUACAUCUUGUUCUUGCCUUGUUUUAAAGUGCUGGUGAGGAAGUUCAGUGUUGCUCCUACAAGCCCAAAGCUACCAGUCCAUUCCAAUGCAGAAGCAAGGGUUAAGACUGAGAUGGGCUUAAAGAAGGAGGUGCGGGAGAUGCUUCCCAUAAUAGUGUUUAAGGAAAGCUUUUCUGUCAAUGAUACACAAUGUUCUGUUUGCCUUGGGGAUUAUCAGGCUGAGGAAAAGCUCCAACAAAUACCUAGUUGUGGGCAUACUUUUCACGUGGAAUGUAUCGACAACUGGUUGUCUACUCGUGCAACAUGCCCACUCUGCCGCCAGUCCCUUGUUUCUCCCUCUUCUGCUAAAGAUGAAGCAGAAUCAAGUACUACUGAAUUAGUGCUAGUUGUCCAACAAAUAGAUAAUAAUAGGGCAACUUCAGAGGACAAUCUUAACGAUGAUGAUGCUGGCGGAAGUCCUAACAGAAACAGCAGCCAACAACGUCACGAUGAUGAUUGUUGCUCUGUAGAUCAAAGAAUCCUCAACCCAUGGCACUGA